AUGGAGGAAAGCGAUUCACGGUCGGAUUCUUCCGAUGUUGACCAUACUUCUGGUGAAAAUAUUAUCGACAGCGAAGAUGGAGAAUCUGAAUCCGGCCUAAACAAGACCAAGAAACGAAGUAAAGUUUGGGAACAUUUUAAAGAAGUUCAAGUAAAUGGCGUGUGCUUUGCAAAAUGCAACUACUGUUCAACAAGAUAUACUAUGUCAUCCAAAGCAAAUCGAAGCACUGGAAAUCUGAAAAGCCACCUUAUAAAAUCACAUAAGACACAGUAUAAUAUGGAAAAUCACGAUCCACAACAGCCUGAAGUUACCCAGUUCUACAGUAAUAACACCAUGACAAGUCAAACUUUUGACCGAGACAAGUUACGACAAGCCUUGCUGAAAUGGAUAGUUGUUUCGAACCAGCCUCAUACAGAAAUUGAGCAAGAUACAUUCCUAAAUGUUUUAAAAUCUGUAAAUCCGGCGUUACCAGUUUCGUCCCUUCAGAUUUCUGCUGACACAAUAAAAUCAGACUUAAUGACAACAUAUAAGGAGGAGCAAUCUAAAAUUAAACCUCUGGUCAUGGCGAACGAAGUAAAACUUUCAGUUACGCACCAUGUAUGGACCUCAAAGAAUCAGAUUGCUUUCAUGGGAAUGAAGGCUCACUGGAUAUCCAACGACUGGGAAAUCAAACAGCUGCUUAUCGGAUUUCCAAAUAUUGUUGGGUCGCACACAGGAAUAAAUAUCGCUGCCGUUUUUCUAAGCGGGAUUGAAGAUGCUGGUAUUCCACUACAUAAGGUGCUAGGAAUUACAACCGAUAACGCCUCCAAUAAUGACGCCUUCUUCAGAGAGUUUCAAAAGCUUUGUCAUGAAAAUCAGGUCUCAUUUACAGAGAAUGGAAAUCGUGUUAGGUGCGUCACCCAUAUUCUCAAUCUCGCCGUCCAAAGCUUGCUAGAACAUCUUGAAGUAACACCAACUUUAGAAGAUGAAGACUAUACAGAAGAUGAAAUUGACACCGAAAUCACUGAAGACCUUGCAAGUUGUGUUGAAACUAAGGUAGUUGUCAAGCUUCGCAAACUCGUAGGACGAAUUCGUGCAUCUCCACAGAGAAGAGGGAAAUUGACGAAUGCAUGUAAACAAAACAACACUAAGGAGAAUCAAUUGGUCAUUGAUGUCAAGACGAGAUGGAACUCGACGCAUGCAAUGAUAACUAGGGCGUUGGAAUUAAAAAUUCCGAUUUUAGUUUUCUGUUCAUCUGAGCCCGAGUUUCAAAAACAUAUUUUAACUGAAAGCGACUGGUCAGCACUAGAACACCUCAUGGUAGUAUUGCAGUAUUUUGAUAGAGCUACUGAACAUCUAAGUAUGAGUCGCCACGUUACUAUUACUUCGGUCGUCCCGAUGUUCGAUUGGAUAAGUGACAAACUGACGUCGUUCAUCUCGGACGGUUCCAGUCCUGCACUGACAGAUGCUGCAAGCAAGGCCUAUGACAAGAUACAAAAAUACUUCCCAGAUCCAGAAAAAGAUGAAUUGCUAUUUACCGCUGUAAUUCUCAAUCCUUCAUGCAAGUUGCAGUACUUCAAGGAGCAUGAUUGGGAUAGUCGAUCAAUAAAGAAAAUGAAGAACAAAAUAAUUAACACAUUUAUGAAAUAUUAUGCUCGAGCUUCUGAUACUACCUCUCCUGGCCUAGUCCAGGAGGAAGAGGAAGAUGAUUUUUAG